AUGGCAUCCAACGUGCAGAACCGAAUAAUCGUCAUGCUUGGGGCUACAGGACACCAAGGCAAAGGCGUAGUGAGUUCGCUUCUAAGCGACAGUGCGCGGGGACUGUGGAACGUCCGCGCUGUCACCAGAGAUAUCAACUCCGUCUCAGCUCAACGUCUUUUGGAUGAUUUUCAAACCCCCGACCACCGUCUAAGCCUUACUACCGGCGACAUCUUUGAUGAAGAAAGUCUUCAGAUCGCUUUCCGCGGGGCUUAUGGUGUGUUUGCGGUGACGAGCGAGACUAAUGCAAGAACGAUUGAAACCGAGGAUGACCUGAAGCAGGAGCUCGAAAGCGGGAAGAACAUUAUUUCUGCUGCGAAGAUCUGUCACAUUCAGCACUUUGUUCUGAGUAGCUUGCCAGACAUGAAACAAGCGACUUCGGGUCGCUUUGACAAGCUUUUCCACAUGGAUCAUAAGUUUAUCAUUGAGCAGUGGGCAAAGCAAUCCUUGCCGGCGGUUACUUGUCUUCUUCCCGGUCUCUUCUUCACCAAUCUGGAUCGUCCGCAGUAUUGCCGAAGAGAAGCAAAUGGGGUCGUUCGUUUUUGUACCCCGAUUCCGCCGACAAAAUUAGUUGAAUGGGUUGAUCCUGUUUAUGACAUGGGUAUUUUCGCCGCAGAGGUAUUUGCUUUGGGCAUUGCGAAAACAAAGAACAAAAACUAUAUCGUCUGCAGUCCAAAAUUACGAAUGGACGAGUUCGCAUCCACCUUCACACGGGUCACUGGCCAGCCAGCGAUUUAUUCCCCAAUUUCGAUGGAUGAGUGGGCUGAUUUGGCUUCUAAGCCGGUAGGAAACGGGUUCAAGGAGGAUAUUCGCCAGAUGAUGGAAUGGAUCUCGAUAGCGCCUGUAGACAAAGUUUGUUACGGGGCUCUUGAUCCAGCUCAAGACUCUACCUGGGAGGAUCUCCACCUACGAGCUAGUACUUUCGAAGAUUGGUUAAGACGUUCCGGUUGGCGAGGUCCUCCAGAGUGA